AUGCUGCCCUCUUCCAAGCCCCACGGCUCCCCAGCCGCCUCGCCCGGCCCCUCCCCUCGCCACUCUCCUAUCCUCUUCCGGAGGCUGAAGAUGAACCAAAGUAUCCGGCUCCAGCGGCGCUUCACUGUGGCCCACCCCCUGUGCUUUGACAUCGAGAAUGGCCUCGCUUCAAGCCGGAGCCCCCUGGACCCCCCAGGCAACACGGGCCUGGGGCUCAUGCUACAGGGAGGCACCCCACACAGCCAGCGCCGGGAGUCCUUCCUCUACCGGUCGGACAGCGACUAUGACCUCUCCCCCAAGGCCAUGUCACGCAAUUCUUCUGUCGCCAGCGACAUGCAUGGAGAAGACCUGAUUGUCACCCCGUUUGCUCAGGUCCUGGCCAGCCUACAGACAGUGCGCAGCAACUUCGCCACGUUGACCCACCUGCAAGAGCGCAUGACCGGCAAACGGGCGCCCAGCAAUGCCGUUCCCCUGUCCACAGGCAAAGGCACCCUGUCAGAGGAUGCCUCCCAGAAGCUGGCGGUGGAGACCCUGGAGGAGCUGGACUGGUGCCUGGACCAACUGGAGACCUUGCAGACGCGGCACUCCGUCAGCGAGAUGGCCUCCAAUAAGUUCAAGAGGAUGCUCAAUCGGGAGCUGACCCACCUGUCAGAAACAAGCCGUUCCGGGAACCAGGUGUCUGAGUACAUCAGCAACACUUUCCUAGACAAGCAGCAUGAGGUGGAAAUUCCCAGCCCGGCUUCCAGGGGGGAAGGCAGAGAGGAAGCCAAGCGCCCCAUGUCGCAGAUCAGUGGCGUGAAGAAGCUGAUGCACGGAACCAGUUUCAGCAGCGCUGCCAUCCCACGCUUUGGGGUCCACACCGACCAGGAGGGGCCCUUGGCCAAGGAAUUAGAAGCGGUGAACAAGUGGGGUCUCGACGUGUUCAAAGUCGCGGAGUACUCCGGCCAUCGGCCACUAACGGUUGUGAUGUACAGCAUCUUCCAGGAAAGGGACCUGUUGAAAACAUUCCACAUCCCCGUAGACACCUUCAUCACUUUCCUGAUGACCCUGGAGGACCACUACCACCUUGACGUGGCCUACCACAACAACAUCCACGCUGCUGACGUGGCGCAGUCCACCCACGUGCUGCUCUCCAUGCCAGCUCUGGAGGCUGUCUUCACCGACCUGGAGGUCUUGGCGGCCAUCUUUGCAGCUGCCAUCCACGACGUGGAUCACCCGGGAGUCUCCAACCAGUUUCUGAUCAACACCAACUCUGAACUGGCCCUGAUGUACAACGACGCUUCAGUGCUGGAGAACCACCACCUGGCUGUGGGCUUCAAACUCUUGCAAGAGGAAAACUGUGACAUCUUCCAGAACCUCUCCAAGAAAGAGCGGCAGAUGCUUCGCAAGAUGGCAAUCGACAUGGUCCUGGCGACAGACAUGUCCAAGCACAUGAACCUCUUGGCUGAUCUGAAGACAAUGGUGGAGACCAAGAAAGUGACCAGUCUGGGAGUCCUACUUUUGGACAAUUACUCAGACCGCAUUCAGGUCCUGCAGAAUAUUGUCCACUGUGCAGACCUGAGCAACCCCACAAAGCCUCUGGAGCUGUACCGCCAGUGGACGGACCGCAUCAUGGUGGAGUUCUUCCACCAGGGAGACCGAGAGAGAGAGAAGGGCAUGGAGAUCAGCCCGAUGUGUGACAAGCACAACGCCUCCAUUGAGAAGUCCCAGGUGGGAUUCAUCGACUACAUCGCGCAUCCUCUGUGGGAAACCUGGGCUGACCUGGUGCAUCCAGAUGCCCAGGACAUCCUGGACACCCUGGAAGAUAACCGGGAGUGGUACCAGAGCAUGAUCCCCCACAGCCCCUCGCCCCCCCCUGACGAGCUGGGGUCCGAGAAGGGCGGUGGUGGUCCCGACAAGUUCCAGUUUCAUCUGACCCUGCAGGAGGAGGAAGCAGAGGAGUCGGACCCCGAGCAAAGGACAGAGAGUCCCCUGGAGGAGGAGAACAGCGAAUCCAAGAUCUUGGGCACCACCGAUGACUCCGAAUCUGCCAGUGAGCAGCCGUCCUCCCCCACGGACAAAUCAGCCUGUCUCCUUAGGGACCCCCCGGGCAAGCAGAAGGAGACUUUGGACGUUGAUAACCAAAGGACCCUCUCAAGAGGCAGCGUUGGUUCGGCGGCGGCACUCAGUGGACUCACCGGGAGAGGGAGCACGAAGGACUUGGAGCAGUUUCUGGACGCGGAAGGGAACGUCCCCUUUUUAUCGCUUGGGACGUAG